CUACAACAAAACUUUAUAAGCCACUUCUGCAGCGUUUCCAUGAUUAUCUAAUACACGGGACACUUUUGGAUCUCAUAUUCAGGAACUGGAACAUAUCAACAUUUAUUUGAUUACAAAGAGCUAAACAUAAGAUGGGCGGAAGCAGAAUUUUGAUAAUUGGAGCGACUGGUUACAUUGGUCGCCAUGUGACCAAUGCAGCCCUUGCUCAGGGCCACCCUACUUUCCUUCUUGUUAGGGAAUCCACAACAUCUAACCCUGACAAGGUCCAAUUGCUAGAGUCCUUCACAUCCAAAGGGGCAACUCUGCUCUAUGGAUCCAUAGAUGAUUAUGCAAGCCUUGUGGAGGCAGUCAAGAAGGUGGAUGUGGUGAUUUCCACAGUGGGUGCUCAACAGAUUGCAGAUCAGAUCAAUCUCAUCAAGGCCAUCAAGGAUGUUGGAACUGUCAAGAGGUUUUUCCCAUCAGAGUUUGGGAUUGAUGUUGAUAAGAUCCAAGAAGAGGGGCCUACAAAGAGCAUGCUUGAAUUGAAAGUUAAAAUCAGAAGGGCUAUUGAAGCAGAAGGCAUUCCAUAUACAUAUGUAGUUGCCAACAGUUUUGCAGGCUACUUUCUUGCUAAUUUUGCACAGCUUGGCCUAACAGCUCCUCCAAGAGAUAAGAUUGUUAUUUAUGGAGAUGGGACUGUAAAAUCUGUAUAUAUGAAGGAAGAAGAUAUUGGAACAUUCACCAUCAAGGCAGUAGAUGAUCCAAGGACCUUGAACAAGGUCCUCUACUUGAGGCCUCCUGCCAAUACUAUCUCCACCAAUGAUCUUGUAGCCCUGUGGGAGGCAAAGAUAGGGAAGACUUUAGAGAAGGUCUAUCUAUCUGAGGAACAGAUUAUUAAAUUACUCCAAGAUACACCUUUUCCAGGAAAUAUUAUGGUAGCAAUUAACCAAUCCAUUUAUGUGAAAGGAGUUCAAACUUAUUUUGAAAUUGGCCCUGAUGGGGUGGAGGCUAGCGCGUUAUACCCAAAUGUCAAAUACACCACUGUUGAGGAGUAUAUUAGUGCAUUUGUAUGAAUUAAAUAAGGUGCCCUUGCACAAAGUCAAAGACUAGGUAGUACUACAAAUAAGUGAACAUAAUAACUAUGUUUUCUAGCUAUGAAAACAUGCUCAAAUAUAAUAUUGUUAUAUAGUUUUUGGGUAGUACUAUGCUAGUGUUCUAUAAUUGUCGUUGAGGUGGUAAUUUGAGGAGUUGAUUUCCCAAAUACUAUGAUAUGUCCAAGACAUGAGGUGUAAAUGAGGUGAGAAAUCUAUUAAAACUUCAAGUAGCACCUAGAGAGGUCCCACACCCCAAUAUGACUUUUUAAUCAAGGUCAAACAUGUGACAAUUGUCCAUGCCUUUUAAUAGCUCAACUAUCCAAUCUACCUUUGGGGGUAGUUAUAUAAUAGUCAUUAGUAGUUACUACUUUUGGGGGGGAUUCGACCAUCAAUUAUGGUUUGGGUUUGUAAUUUCUUAUAAAUUAAUGUGUUGAGAAUUUCUUUCAAACCACUAUAUCUUUUAUGUAAAAGAAAUAUCAUUUGUACUAAAUAAAAGGUUUUGGAUUAUAGUUGUAAU